AGUGGCAUAUCAUAUAGCAGGGCGGCACUCAUAAAUUACAUAACACCAUUUCGUCGCAUGUCCCAUCUCUCAGUUUUGUAUCGCAAAGGCAUUUAUUGUUUCCUUUAAUUAAAUUAUUCUGCAUUCGCAACAUGUCACGAAGACACCUCAAGCAAGGGGAAGCUAACCCCACGGUGAAGCCCGAUGUUCUUCGUUUAUACAGCAUGGGAUUCUGCCCCUUCGCCCAACGAGCACUCCUGGUCCUAGCUGUCAAAGGAAUUGAUUACGAGCUUGUCAACUGCAACCUGAACCAUAAACCAGAAUUUCUACUAGAACGGAACCCCGCCGGAACGGUUCCUGUUCUUGAGUUCCAAGGAAAUAUUGUCACAGAGUCCCUCGUAAUCUGUGAUCUCCUGGAAGACCUAUUCCCGGACAAGCCCCUAAAAGCAAAGGACCCAUUUCAGAAGGCCAAGAAUAGAUUGGCAGUUGGAAAGUUUGACUCGAUCGUCUCACUCUUCUACAAGGUUGGCUAUAAUCCAGAUGACGCUGACGCCAAAGAAACUCUUAGGAAAUCUAUGAAGGAGUACCAGGCAUUCUUUACAGCGAAAAAGACAAACUUCUUCGGUGGUGACCAGUGGGGCAUGGUCGAUCUCAUGGUCUGGCCGUGGAUCGAACGCAUGCACGUUCUCGGUGCGGUCAUCAUCGACGACUUCGUACCGGAGUUUAAGGCAUGGGUUGAUCGCAUGGGAACCGUACCCGCUGUCCAGGCUUGUCGAAUAUCAAAGGAGAAGCUGUCCGAAAUGUACACCGGCUAUUUUGCUCGCAACGCAGUUUACGAUUGAUACUGACCGAAUCAUAUAGAUUUCAGUCACAGCAGUCUUAUUUUUUUGUCACAUGCCGAUGAUCGUUAAGGCUUCAAGGGGAACGCCUCUGAUAGCUCACUCCUGUCGCCCGCCAUUACUUGAUAUUUUGGUAUUCAUAUGACAAGUGAAAAUUCUACCCGUAUAAUAAUAGGCCAUGAUCGAUGCCUGGUAGUAUAGUAAUUGUAACGCUUUAUUCUAUAUAACAAUGUUAGAAUUUAUAUAUUUCUUAAAGAUUUACUUUUAUUAAUAAUUAUACAUCUAAAAUGAUGUAUUCACGACAUAGCUGAACGUCAAACCAUUUUCGGAUGAGAAGGGGGGGGGGGGGGGGGGUGGCUCAAUAUCAUUGAUCAGAAACAUAAUCUGGGAUAAACAGUGUUGGUACUUGAUUGAUUUGAGGGCUUGAGGCAACUGCCCCCGUACACCCCGGGAUCAACACCUCUAUUGUGAUUUUAGGCUAGUCCUAUAUGCAUAUGUUAUCAACAAUGUCAACGGCAGUUAUUGCGUCUCACAAUAGAGAUUAUUUUGUGUGUGUGUGUGUGUGUGUUUUCAACAAAAUGUCAUGAAAUUUGUAUCAUAUUAUCUGUUAAACAAAACGAUAGAAUUUUCUGUUUUUCUCUUCCAUUAAUUGCCCCUUCCCCAUCACCACCACAACCACCACCACCACCACCUC